AUGACACCUCUAGAAACUGCGACCCAGGCGAGCCAAGAAGCUGGCCAACUCCUGCGUCAGCACUUCCACGAGAUGAAAACGGUCGAUGAAGCACUCCAUCACGAUAUCAAACUCGCUCUCGAUAAAGAAUCACAGGAGCUAAUUACCCGUAUCUUACUCGAAGAAUUCCCCGAUCAUGCCAUACAUGGCGAAGAAGGCCACGCUGGCAAUCAGGGCUCAGAUCAUCAGUGGAUUGUCGACCCCAUCGAUGGCACCGUCAAUUUUUUCUACGGCAUCCCCCAUUUUUGCAUCUCCAUUGCCCUGCGAAUCAAUGGCAACCUGACCCUCGGCGUCAUCUACGAUCCCAUGGUCGAUGAACUUUGGUCCAUUCAGAAAGGUGAACAACCCACUCUCAACGGCCGCCCCGUUUCAGUCAGUAACCGCACUCAACUCAAAGAAUCCAUCCUCUUCGUCGGCUGUGGGAAAACUGAAGAAGCUCUCUCCACUGGUCUAGAACGAUUCAGAAAAGGAUCCAUCCGCGCUCGCAAAAUGCGCAUGAUGGGAUCCGCCGCUCUCGGCAUGGCCUACAUCGCCUGCGGACGACUUGACGCCUAUGUCGAAUCCCGUAUUUCCCUUUGGGACAUCGCCGCUGGUCAACUUCUCAUUGAAGCCACGGGAGGAAAAGUCGCCCUCACGCCCUACCAAAACAACCCCGACGUCUAUUCCAUCGUCGCCACCAAUGGCAAAAUCCCCAUCGAAGAAAUCCUUUAA